AUGUAGUAACUCCACACACACACACAUACAGUAGAAGUUAUCAUAAGGUGCAGUUCUCUCAACAAAUAUAAAGUGGACACUUUCUUUGGAUUUGAAACAGUAAUUAUUGAAAUUAAUUAUUUUCAAGAACUACAAUAAUCUUGAUUGGCGUGAGCUUUUAGGGUAUUCUUAAAUGUACAUGUACACAUGCAUGUACAUUUAGUAUUAUAAGUACGACGUUUGAGUGGAAUAUGCUAAUGAAAUAUUCUGCCACAAACCUUAUAAUGUGAUUUUUUGCAAACCCUAAAAAUGCUAAGUAAAACAUGCUUUUAUCAGUUCCACUGUAGUAUAUAAAAAAUGCUAUAGUAAAACAUGCUUUCAUCAGUUCCACUGUAGUAUAAAGAUAAAUCUAAUAGUAGUUGUAUAGCUGCUAGAGUUGUAGUGCUUUAUAGUGCUGAGUGUAUAUAUAGCUUAUUGAGUAGGAGAUUUUUCAACUGCAGUUCCUUUUUCUUUCUUUCUCUCAUAAUGACAGCAUUCCUGUAUUUGUGUAUAGUCUUGCAGCUCCUUCACCUCACUGUUGCAAUUGUGUCCACUGCCCCCACUGUCAGUUUUGAGUCUUCUUCUACAGUCAUCACUGAAGGAACUAGUGCUGAAGUUUGUCUUACAAUCACUGGAACUGUUUUUGUUCCAAUUACUGUGACACUUACAGCUACACCUGGCACAGCAGAUGCUUCUGACUACACUGCAUCUACUGCAGUAAUAGUUAAUCCUGGUGAUUCUAGAGUUUGUGCAACUGUAACUGCAAUACAAGACAAUGUCGAUGAACCUGAUGAAACCAUUAUAUAUGCUGUACACUCAGGAUCGGGUUACACAGCAGGAGGAAUUAUGUAUCAUUUACUUACCAUAACUCCUCCACCUCCUUGUCCUUGUAAAGAUCGCAUUGCUACAUUAGCUUGUAAGUAUAUGGAGAACAAUGGAGAAUACCUACCAAUGCCUUGCCGAGAGCUUCUUGAAAACAAUCCAUAAUUAAUUAUCA